AUGAGGUUGACAGAUGUCUUUGCAGUUGUCUGCAUCCUACUGUACCAUGUUGCGACAAUUCAAGGUCUGAGAUUUAAACUGAAGGAUGGUGUAACGAAAUGCAUCCAGGAUGAGGCUCAUAAGGACAUUAUUGUUCAUGGAGAAUAUGAAGUUACUUCUCAUAACAAAAUUGCUCAUAUCAAAGUCCGUGAUGCGAAAAAGCAUAUUCUUUACCAAAGGGAAAAUAUAAAGAGUGGGAAAUUUGCCUUCACUACAGAAAACUUUGAAAUAUUUGAAGUGUGCUUUGAAAGUCAACCAAGCAAUGAUGAACAGGAUCAAGAAGUUUUCCUUAUCAUUAAACACGGUACUGCAGCCAAAGACUUUGAAAUGCUUGCAAAAGCAGAAAAGCUACAGCCAAUUGAAGUAGAGCUUAAGAAACUUGAAGGUUUGGCUGAUGAAAUUGUUCAAGAAUUUACUCUCAUGCAUGCUAAGAGUAGUGCAAUGCGAGAAAUUAACGAAUCCACUCACAAAAGAGUUCUUUAUUUCUCAACACUUUCAAUGAUAAUCCUCAUUGGUUUCGCUUGUUGGCAAGUUUUGUAUUUGAGGCGUUAUUUCAAGUCCAAGAAGCUGAUUGAAUAA